UGGCGGUGGCAGCCCGGGCUCUCCAUGAGCAAGCGGCGGCGGCGACGGGUGCGGCGGCACCGACGGUUUUCGGUCCCCGGGGAGGAUGAAGACACUGUUUGAAGAGAUCAAAGCAUCAAUUAAAAAUAACUAUAACCAAGAUCGAUCGUUUUGGAGGCCUGUUCUUCCUUGGGGAGGUGUUUUUACUAUCAAAGCUGGCCGCAAAGCAGUAUCCUGUACACCACUCUAUGUUGAAAUAAGACUGAAAAAUACCUGCACCAUAGAUGGAUUCCUGAUGUUGUUAUAUGUCAUUCUGAAUGAAAAUGAAAAUUUCCCCAGGGAACUCUCUCUUCAUCUUGGUAGAGAGUUUGUAGACUAUUUCCUUUAUUUAAUGGACACCUACAGCUUUACAACUGUGAAGCUACUUUGGAUUUGGGACAAGAUGGAAAAACAGCAAUACAAAUCUGAAGUUCAUAAAGCAUCAUUAAUAAUUGAUUUAUUUGGGAAUGAACAUGAUAACUUUACCAAAAAUCUGGAAAAUCUUAUGUCUACCAUUCAAGAGAGUUACUGUUCCAACUGGAGAUGCCCAACUCGAGUGCAGGAAGAUCAGCAGCGUACAAUUAAUAUAAAUCCUCCCCAAGAAAUUCCACAUGGAAACUUAAUACGACUGGCUGUGGAUGAGUUAUUCUGUUCCAAGAUUGAACUGUGUGAAGAGCGUGGUUGUGGUGGCUUAAGAGAAUUUGCCCAGCGAGUUUUCUGUCACGGGGCACCCCCUUUUGUUGUCUUAAAUAUGCAGCACUGGAAAUCUGAAGAUCUGGCAUAUGUACCUUAUUAUUUGGAUUUAUCUGAUCACAAAUAUUUAUUGGAAGGCGCAACAUUAUUUAACAAAGAUGAGCAUCAUUAUUCUGCAGCUUUCCAGAUUGAUGGACAUUGGAUGCACUAUGAUGGCCUCAGAAAUGUGAAUUUAAUUUUGUUAAAUAAACCCCCAGAGUUUCUCCUCUUGUCAUCAUUGGUUUAUAUUCGAGCAACAGAGAAAUAAAUAUAGACUGAUGCUAAAUUAAAUUGUUUUCCCUCCUGCCCAUGCUCCUCCAGAUCUGAAGGGCUUUUAUUUUGUGUAUACUUGGUAUCCAAGGAAAUAGUUCAACUAUACUAGUUUCAGAGGUGUAUUUUCCAGUGUUUGGCCCCAGAAAAAAACAUUUUAUAUAGAGGAUCUAUGCAAAAAUGUUUGUAUUUCUUUUUUAUAUAACCUGGGUUAUUUUUAUAUAGGCAUAUUUUAUGUUGAAAUAAAAUACAACUUGUGGCCUUUGUAUUUUUUAUUUAUAUGUACCUCAAAAAUUUUAUACUUUUAUCCUUAAAUCUAAGAAAAUACUGUAUCAUUUGAAGUCUAAAUUUUUCUUUUUUGGAUUUCCAAGUAAAACCUGUUAAAUGUCAGUAUUUCAGUUCAUAUAAAUUGAACAGUUCAAAAAUAUAUUGACUAUGUUUCUUUGCCCUACCUCACUAUUAUCCAAAGUGCACUACUGGAUUUAGUAUGGGUUUGAAUAUACAGUUUAUGGAUGGCUUAGUUUAUCUUACCUGUUGAUUUGCCUAAAUUCCCUGCAGAAUUUUUAAAUUAUUUAUGUGAGAAUUUUUUCUAAACUUUACUUCUUUGUAAUGGCAAUUUUAACUACCUACUAAGGUAUUAUAAACCUGCCAAUGGUUUUUAAGUGUUAACUAAGUUUCCAAGCUUAAUUAAAGUUAAUAUUACAAAUAAAUUAUGUAACUAUACUGAAUAUGUAUCUCAUAACUAAAUUUAAUCUGAUGAGUAUUUUGCAGAUAAAGCAACUACAAAGACAUUAGGCAACUGGGUGGUUAUUACUGUUGGACUAAAAAUAGAAACGUACUGUAACCGUUUGUUUAAAAGGAAAAUGGGUUCCUGAGUAUUUUCUUUAACUAGUUAAGUUAUGUAUUGACACAGAAAAAAUAAUACAUUUUAAUGUAACAUUUGCUGGCUCCCUUGUAAGUAGUAAUUGAAAGCAAAAGGGUUUGAUUUGCAAUAUAAAUCCCUAAAAUUUUAUAGUUAUCAAAACGCUGUUUGAAAAAAAAAACUUAAGAUGGCUCUUUGCAUUUAAGGGAAAAAAUAAAGAUUCUCAAGGGAAAACGAUUUUUGAAAUUUAUCAGCAUAUGUUUUAGUGUUUAUAUUUCAGUUAAGUAGUCUGCUUUAGUUUUGGGUUGAGAUUAAGUGCAAUAUAUGGAGAAACUUUAUAACAACACAGUUCACUGCCAUAUACCAAAUUGCUAAAGUUUCAUCCAAUAAACUUACAUUGCUUGGUGCCAUGUUCAGAUUUACGUAUAGAAGAAUGGAUAAAUGUGGGUGAAACAUUGCUGAAAAUGUAUCUCUUUGAGUAAAUGCUAUGAAAAUUCCUUUUUUACCUAAGAUAAAAAAUAUUGAUUUAUUUUACAAAAAACCAUUUCACCCAGGGUUUAUUUUACUAGUUCACCAAGUGUGUUUAAUUAACAUUUUUACAAUAAACUAUUGCGGAAACAUGUUACUGCAUGAAUCAAAACAUAACAAAAUACAAAAUACACAAAUAUUAAAGUAUACACAAAAUGGUGUUCUUAACAAAAUUAUUCCUAAUGCAGACUUAUUAUUUUAGGAAUUGUGCUUGAUUGAGAAUAAUUCUAGUUUUAUCACAAAACAAUGACUUACCUACCUCACAGGGUUGUUGUGAGGAUUGUUGUUUGUUAAAAUCUUGACUACGUUGAACAUGCUAAUAAAAAACA